CUUCUCCUUCCCCCCAUAUAUUCUGGCUCACUGUUCUGGUUCUAUGGGCCCACAAGAGCUUACAAAGUGAUCUCUGUCAGGACGAUGACCUGAGGAGUUCAGAGCAUUGGGUGGAAAGGUAUUGCAGAAAUUCAUCAGGACAGAUGGUGCUGGAUGAUGAUUACGUCGACAACAAUGGUGUAGUGCAGAGUAAAACCUGCGUCCUCUAUCCAACAAAUAUUGUCAACUGCUCCUGGCCAUUCAAAUCUUUCCCAAUGGAUAGUCAGCUCUCUGCCUCUGUCAUUGUUUGUGAUGGCGACAAAAGAGUCGACUUUUAUGUGUCUAAGGAGGCCAGAUUGUCAGAGCUAGGUUGGUUACCUACGUUGGAGAUUCUGUGCCAGAAUACAGUUGAUUUUUUCCUGCGAUCUGUGUCUGUAAUCCUCUACGUGAAUGUGUCUCAGCCUGAUGUAUGGACAAUCUACACUUUCAAACACCAACCAAGUCACAUAGAGGUCUUGCCUCCACCCUCUAACAUCUCUGUGGUGGUCCAAGAAGGAGCUCUGUUGGUGAGCUGGAGUAUCCCUCGCAGUCGUUCAUCCAACAACACGGACUGCUUUGACUACCAGCUUGACAUCAGUGGUCAGGAUGGACUCAAGCAUCCAAAAGGGUGUUUGAAUUAUACCGAGCCAAACAUAGACCCAACUCGCACCUACAGCGUGAAGAUAAGGGCGAAGAAGUCCGAAAGUUGCCUUGGAUCUCAGCAGUGGAGUAACUGGAGUCACACUAUUACAAUGGCCCCGUCUGAGUCACCCUAUAAAUUCAACAAUAUGGUGAUCGUCAGUAUUUCACUUGGAAUACCCAUGAUCCUCCUGGCUGUCCUACUGCUGAUCAGGCAUCAGAGGGUAUCCAAGCUUCUGUUUCCUCGAAUUCCUCAAGUGCCGUUGGAGUACUAUCACUUCUUGAAGAAAUAUGACACAUAUCAAGUAGAAACUGUGCACAAAGUCAAAAACGGAUAUGCCCAGUCACCUGUUCAACCGUAAACAGUCCUCAUCGCGGUGCUCGAAAAACUGGAGCUUCCAAAUUUGUUGAAUAAGACUGUUGCAUACAACCUGCAAAACCAGUCCCUGAAAUCUUUCACUUCGCAUACAAACAUAUUUGGUAAGAGCAUAUGCUGUCAGGGAAACUGAUGUGGCAGAUAGUGGUUUCAUUAUCAGUCAACGAUGCUUUUUUUUUUUACGGAGUCCUCGUGAAGUGCAAUGCUGGUAAUUUUCCAACCAUUAACUUUCAGGUUGAAGCUCGGUCUGAACCUUGCUGUGUUUUGCCAUGGCUGAACCCCUGCUGUUUAUUGAAUGCAAAUAAUUUUAGUUAUAGAUAUAUGCAAAAGACAUAAUGUAUGGAUAGUUUUUCUGUGAUCAACUCAACUGGACUCGGUCAUUGUCCUUUUCUAUGGAAGGUUUGAUGCAUAACCAGCCCCAGCAUGUGUACUAAUGAUGAUGACAUCAGCAACUGUGUGUUUUACCUAUGAGUGUUACUGGUCUGUACACAAAAUGCAACCCUUUAUGAAGUUGUUUUUUUCUCUGUUCUGUUCUUGUCUUUUCAAUCCUGCAUAAUCCUGUAUUGCUGACAUAUAAAUGACCUUUUAUAUGGACCUCCGUUCAGCUUGUUCUUCUUUUUGGGAUUUCCUAUAAAGCUGAACUCUGGAAUUUC